UAAAGUUACGUGUUAAAAUUAAAAACAUGCGCACUACAACCAAAACAAACAUUACUUUUAAAAAUGGCGUAUCAAUCUUUCCAACAAGAGUAUAUGCAAAUUCCUGUUGUUACGAGAGCAUAUACAACAGCAUGUGUUGUGACAACAGUAGCAGUUCAAUUAGACUUUGUCAAUCCAUUUCAAUUGUAUUUUAACCCUGAUCUAAUAUUCCGAAAUUUUCAAUUAUGGAGAUUGGUUACUACUUUUCUUUUUUUUGGAACUUUUGGUUUUAAUUUUUUAUUUAACAUGAUAUUUACAUAUAGAUAUUGCAGAAUGCUGGAAGAGGGUUCAUUUCGCGGAAGAACAGCAGAUUUUUUGUUGAUGUUUUUAUUUGGCGGCUUUUUUAUGUCUUGCAUUGCUCUCUUUGUAAACCUUGUAUUUUUGGGCCAGGCGUUUACAAUAAUGUUAGUCUACAUUUGGAGUAGAAGAAAUCCUUAUGUCCGAAUGAAUUUCUUUGGCCUAAUGAACUUUCAAGCGCCAUAUUUACCUUGGGUGCUUCUAGGGUUUUCAUUGAUGCUCGGAAACUCUAUAGUUGUUGAUUUAAUAGGUAUUGCCGUUGGGCAUGUUUAUUAUGUAUUAGAAGAUGUUUUCCCUACGAAACCCGGAGGAUUCCGAAUACUGCAAGCUCCUGAUUUUAUUAAAAAUCUAUUUGAUCGUCGCGAAAUCGAAUAUGAACCGAUACCUGAAGAGCUCCGUCCCGGUGGCUAUAACUUCGGAGGUGACCCGCCACGCCAGUAAGACGGAAGAGGUGACCCGCCACGGUAAUAGAAGAAUGUUGUAAUAAUUGGAUUCACUUAAAUUUUAUUUAAAAGAUUUAAAAGAGUUGAAAAAACGCGUAUUCUUUAAAAA